AUGAAAUUAAGAGUAUCAACAUGUAUUGUUUUUUUUUUGUUGUUUUUUAUUCCAUGCUUAUUCAAUUCAUACAAAAUAGAUAGUAUAAAAGUUAAGAAUUUAUAUUUUAGUGAUACUUUAAAAGGAACAGUAAAUAAAAUUAACAAGCAUUUUACAAAUAACAAUAAUGAUUAUGAUGUUUGUAAAUACAACAAAAUUCCAAAAAUAUUAAUAGAUAGAGAUGAAAUUAAAAAUAGCAAUAAAGAUUCAGGAUAUAUUGUUGGGAUAGAAAAUACUUGUGAUGAUACAUGUGUCUGUAUAAUCGAUUCGCAACUUCGAAUAAUCAAAAACUUUAUUAUAUCCCAUUAUAAAGUAGUUCACAAAUAUGGGGGGGUAUACCCCUUUUUUAUUAGCUCCAUUAACAGUGUAUUUUUAAAGCAUUAUGUGAACAAAAUACUCGAAGGAAUCGAUGCAUCAAAAAUUAAAUGCUUCGGAUUCAGCGUGUGCCCUGGUAUAUCUCAGAGCAUGGAUACAGCUAGAAAUUAUAUAGGAGAUUUCAAAAAAAGACAUAAACAUAUAAAAGCUAGCUCAAUAAAUCAUGUAUAUGCUCAUGUUUUGUCGCCAUUAUUUUUCAGCUUUUAUAACGACGAAAAUACAUUUACAAAUAACUAUGAGUAUAAAAAUGAAAGUACACAUAAUGAUGACCCUACAGAUCAUAUUAAUAUGAAUCUAUCUGAUACUAUAAAAAAGGAUAAAACACAAAUGGAUAAAAUAAAUUCGGUUUUAAAAGUUUUAAAUAAUAACGAUGUAACAAAAACAAAAUUAAAAACGAUAACUACAGAAGACUUUUUAAAUUAUGGUUCAUAUAUUUUAAAAAAAAAAAAAAUUGAUGAUAACAAUACUAAAUUAGAUGAAACAAAAAAUAAUAUAAAUAAAAUAGAGGAAAAUACUAAUAUGGAAAAAAUACCAUUAAGUUAUAUAAAAAAUGGAUAUAUUUGUGUUUUAGUUUCUGGUGGAAGUACACAAGUUUAUAGAGUCCAAAAAGAUAAACAAAAUGAUAUUAAUGUGUGUAAAAUAUCGCAGACAGUUGAUAUAUCUAUUGGUGAUAUAAUUGAUAAAGUUGCUAGGCUUCUUAAUCUUCCUGUUGGUUUAGGAGGAGGGCCAUUUCUUGAACAAGAAUCCGAAAAAUAUAUUAAAACAUUGAAUAGCCAAAAAAUUAAUGAAGACGUAUCAUUCGAUCUUUUUGAGCCAUUUCCCGUCCCAUUCGCUCCCAAUAAUAAAAUUAAUUUUUCAUUUUCAGGAAUUUUAAACUACCUUAGUAAAAUAAUAAAAGAUCUAAAAAAAGACAAGAAUUUCGAAAACGAAAAAAGUAAAUAUGCAUAUUAUUGCCAAAAAUAUAUAUUCAAGCAUUUAUUAGAUCAGCUUAAUAAAAUUAUGUAUUUUUCAGAACUUCAUUUUAAUAUAAAAAACUUAUUCAUAGUAGGAGGUGUUGGAUGUAAUAAAUUUUUGUUUGAAAGUUUAAAAAAUUUGGCAUUAAAUAGAAAUAAAAUAGAAAAUCAAUUAAAAGAAUAUAUUAAAUUAAAAAAAAGAUUAAAAAAAAAAAUUAAAAAAAUUGAAAAUAGUAAUUUUUUAACAAAAAAAAAUCUAACACCAAAUGAUAUAAAUGAUGAAAUUGAAUUGCGUUCGUCUUUUGCUUGGAAUUUUUAUUUAAAAAAUCUUUUAAAAAAAAAAACAGCAAAUGAUAUUUUAUUAGCCUUAAAAGCCUUUGAUUUUGAUUCCUUUACAAAACUCAAAGAGAAAGGUUCCUUUUUAUUACAAGAUCAGUUUUUCACGUCUUCAGUAACAAAACCAUGGAAUGUGUAUAGAACCCCCAUAAAUCUUAGCCGGGAUAAUGCAGCAAUGAUCUGCUUUAACACACUGUUAAAUAUGCACAACAAAAUAAACCUACACGAAGAUAUUUCUGAGAUUAAAAUUAAGCCGACUAUAAAAACCCAGCUUCAAAACAAUUUCGUUCUGUUAUCCGAUAUAAUUGUUUUUGAUGUAUUUUUAGAUCAUUUUGAUCAUAAUUUGGCAUAA